CAUAGAUCUAAUCACUUCUCAUCUUCCUCAAAACCCUAGCCGUGCUUUAUAUCCUCAGCUCCUGCGGAUUAGGGUUUCUGAUUUCCAUCUCCACAAUCAUGGCGGACGUUGAGACAGAUGUGGCCACAGGACAGCCGAAGAAGAGAACGUUCAAGAAGUUCAGCUUUCGAGGAGUUGAUCUCGAAGCUCUUCUUGACAUAUCCACCGAGGAGCUCGUCAAGCUCUUCGGUGCCCGACCUCGUAGAAGGUUUCAGAGAGGUCUGAAGAGGAAGCCAAUGGCUUUGAUAAAGAAGCUGCGCAAGGCGAAACUGGAGGCCCCGCCUGGUGAGAAGCCCGAACUUGUCAAAACUCACCUGCGCAAUAUGAUAAUAGUACCUGAGAUGAUUGGAAGUGUCAUUGGGGUGUACAACGGAAAAACCUUCAAUUCCAUUGAGAUCAAGCCUGAAAUGAUUGGUCAUUAUCUUGCUGAGUUCUCUAUCUCAUACAAGCCAGUGAAGCAUGGACGACCUGGUAUUGGUGCCACCCACUCGUCCAGGUUCAUUCCUCUCAAGUGAAGCUUCUGCCAGCAAUCUAUAUACAAUAGUAGUUUGUUUUUGGUUCCACCUGUGAGCCACGCGAACUGCGUAAGAUGCAUGGGACAGAGCAUCAUCAUCUAUGUUUUUUGAACUUCUAAGAGUCAUUUUUGCUUGGUACAUUUUUAUGCAGUUCGAUUUUAAGUGGUCUUUAGAUUAAAGAGGUGAUACCUGAUGACUGAACUUGAAUGGUUUGAUAAAUUUUGUGACUGCAGUAAACAUUUUUGCUUUCAAAAAUUCUGAGUUGAGUCAGGGCCAACGUGGUUCCAUAAUCUCCUUACACCCAUACUUGCUUCUUAAUGUGAUUUGAUGCCUUCA